UGACCUCUAAAGUGGAUUACAGCAGCUUUAAAGUCUUUUAAUUGAAGCAUUUUGAUGCUAAUGAGCCUGGAAAGACUAGCUUAGCUUGUUAGCUUGCAGGGGGUUCUACUUUGUUGUCUGAAAUCUGACAAAACUAGCAGGGUAGCAGCUACUUCACUGUGAAAAUCAAAAAAAAAAAGGCUCUUAAAAAUGUAGAUUAUCUUAAUUAUUAAGAUACUUGCAGUUAUCAGAUAACAGCUAGUGCAGCAGUUCCAAACCAAACACUCUUCAGAAAACAAAUUCAGAUUUUGAAAGGAAAAUGUAGUUGGGGCUUGGACCACAGUGAAGUGUUUGGCAAGCUAACGGCUUGUUAGCGGCUAGUGGUGAGCGUGCAGCGGUGGCGCGGGGCUAGCUCCGGGCAGAGCGGGGGUGCGAUGGAGUACCACUCUAGUGGCAGCCUGCCCCUGCUGGGUAGACCGCGGUACUGCCCCGGAGCUAACGCUAACGGAGGCUACCUGUGUGAGACGGGACACUGCUGCGGAGAGACCGGAUGCUGCACCUACUACUACGAACUCUGGUGGUUCUGGCUGCUGUGGACGGUCCUCAUCCUGUUCAGCUGCUGCUGUGCGUAUCGACACCGAAGAGCCAAACAGAGAGUCCAGCAGCAGCAGAGGCAGCGAGAGAUCAGCCUGCUGGCGUAUCAUGGAGCCAACUCAUACCCAUCCUCCAUGCUGGACCUCAGUUUCUUGGCGUCUCUGAAGCUGCCGUCCUACGAGGAGGUUGCAGCUCAACCCUCAACUCCUCCCCCUCCAUACAGCUCGGUGUUCACCACCCCUCGUUACCCUCAACCCCCCAGAACCAGCGACCCCCAUCUGCUCACACAACACGACCCACUCCUUCAUCGCCCGCUCAGCGACGGACCCUCCUCCCUCAGCUCAGACAACAGCUCCAGUUGUUCCUGCGACUCCUGCUGCCCGUCCUCUCCAUGUAGCUCCUCUUUAUCGGCGGCCGUCACGUAUGAAACCGACACCAGUCACGCCACGACGCCCAGCGAAGCCCCGCCUCUAAUGCUCGACGUCACCAUGGAGACCAUCACAGCCGCAGCAUCUCGUUUGGAGAUCAACGAGACACGAAUUCUGGUUUCUGAGAGGAUGUUGGGCUCCGUGGCCGUUGAGAUCGGAGAUGAAGUCGCUUCCGGAGAACGGCAAACUGUUGUUGACUCAUCGGUUCCCAACCAGGAUGUUACGGUGGCGGUUUUUACCAUGGCGGUCUCCCCUCUGACCUCCCCCUGCUUAGAGGUGGUUCUUCCUGUUGGAGCUACAUCUCCCAUCAUGCAACAGCUUGACCUAGUACCAUGUACCCCAACACUCAGCACCAGUAGUACUUUCCCUAGUCCGAGUGAAGUCCAAAUAAUAAGCAUUGAUGGUCCAACUGAUGAAAAUAUCCUUACCCCAAAAACCACCUCAUUGUCGGGCCCUUCUACCCCAACAGCUAGCACUUCUGACCACAACCCUGAUCCAACAAGAACUUUUGAUACAGCCAACGUUCCCAGUAGCCCAACCUCAGCACCAGGAUCAGAUGUUGGAAUGACUUUGGCCUUGAUAAGUGAAGCGUCUAAUCUCCCAAGCCAGGACCCAAAUCCUAGCCUUGUGCCAAUCCCAGCACCUUCAAACCUUCCCCAAGCCAAAGUACCUUCAACCCAAGCUCCAGAACCAGUUCCCACAAACCUAAGCCCCUUUACAGAACCAUUACCCAUAAGCCUUCCCCAAACUCCAGACCCUUCACCUUCAAACCUUAACCUAGUUUCAAACCUACAACCUAAAACCACCAUAGUCCACGACUGUGAAUCUAACCCUAUCCUAAAACCAGUACCUGCAAACCUUACCCUUGCGAACCACACCCCAGAUUUAACAAGAACUUUUGAUACAGCCAACGUUCCCAGUAGCCCAACCUCAGUACCAGCAUCAGAUGUUGAAAUGACUUUGGCCUUGAUAAAAGACGCAACUAAAUCUCCAAAUCCAGACCUAAAUCCUAGCCUUGUGCCAAUCCCAGCGACUUCAAACCUUACCCAGGCUCCAGAACCAGUACCCACAAACCUAAACGCCUUUCCAGACCCAAUGCCCACAAGCCUUCCCAAAACUCCAGACUCUUUGCCUUUAAUCCAUACCACAAAUCCAAAUCUACGACCUAACAUCAACAUAGCUCCAGACUGUGAAUCCAACCCUAUUCUAAAACCAGUACCCCAAAACCUUCUCCUUCCUACAGAAGCACCUAAAUUAGCACAUUUCCUGAUACAAGAACCGUCACCUGGGUCACCUGGGUCUGGUCUAGCCUCGGUUCCUCCCAACCCGACCUCAGACAAGAACCCAAACCACGGUUCUGUUGCUAUUCUGGUUUCUUGUCAAGAUCCAGCCCCAGAAUCCGCCGAUGUAACGGCUCAAUCGACAGAACAAGACCUUAUCAGUCCGUUGCCAUCAAAUAUCCAGCCUGGAUUUAGUUCUGGAUCUUGUACAAGUGUUGGUUCUAGAACAAGUCCAAUAUCGGUUCCUGCUCCAGUGCUUACGUUGACAACACCUGCAUCCUCCCCUUCCUCUUGCCCAGCAAUAACUAUAGAAUCAUCUUGUACACCUGUAGCCCUCUCCCCAUCCUCACCCCUUUCCUUGUCUUCAACUUUUCUCCCGGCCCCAGCUUUACUCCUGGACCCCCUCACUGCAAUGCACCAGUCCAACAAAAGUGGAUCUUCUUCUGGCCACGCCUCCUCUCUUUCCCCCUCGCCUCGUGCUACCCAGUCGCCGCCGAAACAGACCUUAUUUUCCCCCUGUGUGGAUAUCUUUGAACCGGGACCUCCAAACUGGGAGGACGGGGAGGACGACCAGGAAACCGAGGACAACGACGAUGAGGAGGAUGAGGACAUGGGAGCGGAUGAAAGCCAGUAUAGACACCGGCGACUUACCGGCGACUCUGGCAUCGAGGUGUGUAGGUGUCGGGUGGAGGAUGAGGAUGAGGAAGAGGAGGAAACGAAGGAGGAUGGGAUUCAAGAAGGAGGUGGAGAAAGGGAUCAAAAAGGAGGAGGAAAUGGUGAUCUUCAUGACAGUGUGGACUGCCCGGCACGAGGUCAGAUCACCACAGGGGAAGGACUUGUACUGUGCCCCUCCACCGAUACUCCAAUAUCUGAGGAAGGGGCCUCCGAAGUCGUCAUUGUCGUGGAGUCCGUGUGAUUGACAGGAAGUGGGCGGAACAAACCAUUCAUCAUCCAGGCAAGGGUUGAAGUUAAUGAUGGCCUUCACCCCUUAGAACUGUUAUUUGAGAUUGUCCUGAUAGAUGAUUGUGAUUGCGGUUACGUCAUGUGAUGUUUGUUCGGCAAUUGUUUGUCAGAUCAGCAAAAGGUGUCGGACUUUAGGAGGAGAUUCAACAGGAUGCUCACGAGGAAAGGUUUUAGUCCGAUGUGGUUUGGAGGUUUCUGCAUGGAGAGGCAUUUUCUGAAAUUGCAUCCAGGGUUGAUCAAAUUUGACAAAUACUGCACUCCAGCAUUCAUGACAUACUGGGGCCGAGGUUAGGCCAAGUCGUAUUUACAAAUGAAAGAUAGCAAUUCUUCUGAAAUUCAAAAUUACCCUAGGUGCAAUUUUAUUGGAGAUAAGCCAAUCUGUCCACCCAUAGUAUUUUACCCUAACAACCAUUUCUAAUAUUAUACUUGCGUGGUCCGAUGACGCUUGCUAGAUGUAAACAUCAUUCCUCUUAUCUACGUCUGUCCAAAUGAAACAUGUUCCCCAGAAAUGACGUUUUCUUUCUUGCGUUCGUCACCAAUGAUAAAAACUUUAAAUAGUUUAGCAGUAGACACCUAGCUUGUCUGGGGCGAUGAGAAACUGUCCGCUUUGGACACGAAAACCGACUAAUGUGGGAGGAUGAUUCACUCUGACUGACAGAGGGACGACUGAUUCAUCAGAAAGCUUACUUUGAUGUACAAGUCAGUCAAGGGAAGGGAAAUUAGGGAAACAGUUUCUCAGAUUUGACGUUUUCAUGACGACUUGAUCCUGUAUGGAAGAUUUCUGGGUUUUUUCCUGUGCGUCAGUGGACAAAAGCUUUUUGCAUAAAUAGGAACAAACAAUAGACACUUUUAGACAGAAACAAAGCCCCAAACAAAAGGGAUGUGAACACGUCAUCGCUAUCGUCUUUGUCUCUGAAUUUGAGGACGGAUACAACAAAACGUUGUAGAAACCAAACAAUCUAGAGUCUUAUAUCUAAAAUAUUCUCUUUCUGCAUCCCUCCAUUCAUAGCCAUCUUCCUUUUUAUCAUUCAGAACCCUCUAUUAUAUUUUAUUCUGAUGGAUAAAUCAACAAAGUCAAGCUAUUUUAGGACCCAAAAUGACGGUAAUCUGAAUCGUGUUAAAGAAUUAUUUUAAGGACUUAUGGACGUGUGGAUAUUGAUAUUUUGUGACAGAAAGACAUAAAGGUAGAGUAUAUUUUGUCAAUGAUAGGAAAAACAUUUUUGUUGUACAUGCUGGUGUAUGUCCAAUUAGUGAAGAGCAAUAUUUUUCAUCAGCAAGAGUCUGUAUAUAAAUGACGCCCCCUAAAAAAAAGGAAAGAAGCUAAAGCAAUGUAUUGACAAGUUUUGGUAAAAACUUACCCCAGAUAUAAGUGGACUUUAAUUUUAAAUAUAACUCACUGUUUCCAAUGAAUAUCUCCCCAAAUCGCUCUGGAAGAACUAAAAAUGCAUCUAGAAAUCAAAGUUUUCAGCAAAAUGUGAGACUUUCACCCAACAGCAGUGCAAUGAUUGUAAGUCAUUUCCAACACACUUUACGGAGGAAUGCCAACACACAUUUGUUAAGCUCUAGAAGUAGUAGAAGUCAAAAUGAAUGUGAUGAUAAUACACUGACAGUUGGUUGUACAUUUUGGUUAAAAAGUUAAUAUAAAUUUACAACAAAAAAGGCAGGAAAACCAGAUGAGGAAAAGGCAGUAAAAAGUUUCCCCAAAUACACUGCAUUGUUGUAGCAGGAAGUAUUCUCAAAUCUUUAAGACUAAAAAUAUCCCUACAAGUUCAAUGGAGUGCGAGAAUGUGAUGUUUUUACCCAUUUCACGUCACUUUUUUACUGCCGUUAAUGUAAGCUGUUUCAGUUUCAAGUUUAUCAAAUGUGUGUUGGUCCAAACCAGACGUCAGACUGUGUUGGAAGAGUCACCAUAGAGUAAAGUCUGACCUUUAGCUAAUGAGAGAUUGAAGUGUUCAAAGAAACAGGGAAAUCCUAUUGGAGGUGGUCACCUGACAUCACAGAUAUCAUUAACUCAACCUUCUCCGAUGUAAACACCUUCAAAGUCUGACCCGCAAACCCUGUUUCCAUGCUGCAUCACAACCGGACUUCACUACCCAUUUCUUGCAAAAAGACGAUGGGUGUACCUUUGCAGACAACGCUAUGUUGGACCUCCUUACGACAAAAGCAAUGUCCUGCCAUGGAAAAGGACUCGAGUGGACUUCAAAUGGCAGCAACAGAGCGCACAGUUUCUACGUCUAAAUCUGGGUGUUUUGGUAGUCAGAUUGGAAACCAACGUGCACAAGAUUGGAUUCACACGUGGAUGGAUUCAUUAAUCCAAUCUUUUGUUUUUUAAACCUAUUGCAGAGCUGAAUUCACAGAAAUAUGGUUCUGAGUAAACGUGGAUGUCAAAGAGAGCUCAAGCAGAUUGCUACGAUGGCGGAUCGGCGUCGAAAACGACACCUUCGAUUGAGUGGAGGCCGACUAAUCGCCUGUUGACCGUAAGAGUUCGUAGAGGCUUAAAGGACCUUUUCUCAAGGGUCAUACCUAGCCAUUGAUGUUGUGGUUGAUGGUGUUUUUUGUUUACCUGAACUAAUAAGGUUAUAUAUCUCCAUGGUUAAAAGAGUGCCAUUUCUACUUGACCACUGUUACUACUUAGCGUUAGAUGGAGCGGCUCUCGCUCUGCGUGGGUGUGGACUUUCGACCUGAGUGACUGGGAAAAUGUUCGGUCCAAAAUCUGUCUGUUGUAGCUCGAGUUCCCAAAGGCUCUGCCGCUCUGAAAUCAGCCUUGUGAAAAAAGGGACAUUUCGGCCAAAUAAUGUGGGGUUUUACCCAAAUGUCCUUACAGAGAUAGGAGGUAACUUACAGAUAAAACCUUGGAGAAUUACCCUGAGAACGAGCUGAUGUUAGGGCGUUUAAAGCAUUUGGAAAACUCCUAUUUAUCCUUUUUUGUUGAGUCAAACCGGGGCAAGUUUUUCAUCAAAUGUUGGUGGACAAAGAAUCUCUGAUAGAUCGUUUCACACUGACUGGAUUCACAUUGACAAGAUGAGACUCCUGUGUGUUUGGUAAAUUAUUUAGUGCAUUUAAUUAAAGAUUGGUAAAGUCCCCAAAUGACCCAAAAAAGUAAAAGGUUCAAGAUUUAUUUGGGGAAUUUUUACCGCAAUCUCUUACGGUAGCUUUGGGAAACUAAGCUUUUAUUUUACAUAAAUCAUCAUUUGGGAACGUUUUUAACCUUUAACUGAUGUUUAAUUACACAUUUCUUGAGACACAACUGGUCCUGAUGUAAUGUGAACCCAGUCACACAAUUCUGGCCUCAUUAAAUGUCUUUAAAGAACUUCCACUUGUUCCACGAGGAUAUUGGAUUUAGCUUCACCUGUGGUGUUUGACAAAUUAUUUAAUUUACUAAAAGCGUCCGUAUGUUCCUCCGUCUAAAUAAUGUUUUUAUCUCGUUUUUUCUUGUCUGCUGUCCUUCCUGUUUGCAUGAGGUUUCCGUCGGAGGAGUGGAAGGAAGCAGAGGAGAGACUGGUCUUUAAAAUCCCUUAAUAUUACGAUGAUAACGAUGCUAAUUAUUAGAAAUACUAAAUUAUUAGUGAGUGUGUAUGUGUGGAUGUAUGUGUGUGACCUAACUAAACCAGCCUGUUCUAAAAGUGUGUGAAGAUAUACUGAAUAAAAACUGUCAAAUCUA